GGCUAGGCUGCAUUUCUACUGAGACAAGCACCACACACAACAUACACGUGGGUACACGGAAUUAAUGGGGAACUGACUGAACAAAUGUGGUGCAGCAGCCCUAUUAAAAAGGAUUUCAAGAGUUUGUGGCGCUACUGGUCUCUAGGAAGAUAACUUAACAGACAGAACUCAUUCGACUUGGAGUUUUAGAGAAUGUUUGCUGGAUAUGAGGCACUGGAAGAGUAUGAAGAUGAGCUCUACCGGGAGGCAGAGGACUCCAGUGAGUCGGGGCCAGACAGUGAGAUGGAGUUCCAGCUGUACAGCCAAGUACACUAUUCCAUGAAGCUGGAUAAGCCAGGAUCAGAUGAUAGAGAAAAAGAGGUAACUCAGCCCUCUGCUGCAACACUGCUGGAGAAGAGGAAUUUCAUCACCGAUAGUGAACCUGUCCUUAUUUCAGAUGCUGCGGAGGUCAUUAUAGUAUCGGAUGAGACUGAUCCAGACAGUGUCUGCAUUAUCAAAGGAAAGAAAGGGACAAUUUGUAAGACUCCAAAGAAGUGUUCUUUGGAUGUGCAAACUCAGCUGGAGUCCAACAGUUUCACUGAGAGGACACCCGGCUUCAAGUCCUUCAGGCUGCGAGAUGCCCCCACCAUGAGCACAGGCCUCGGUAGUUUUCGACAGAGUGUGGUAGUCGAGAAGAGCAGGAAAUCCCAAGAUGGGGAAACGUCAGACAGCGAUGAUUCGGACUGCGUGGAGAGCUGGAUGAUUCUAGGGGGGGCCAGUCAGGAUGGUGACAACACCAUCCUGCUCAAUCUGGACGAGAGCAGCACUUCAGAAAACGAAGCAGGGGCAGCUGAUAACAAAUGGACCAUCUCAGAGCAGGAUAUUGAGGCCCAGAUUUCAAAUCAGGCGCACAGAAUCAGACGUCAUAGCCGCUAUUACACACCUGAGAAGAAUGUAACCUGUAGAAAUUGUGACAAACAUGGCCAUCUAUCCAAAAACUGUCCUACCCCCAAGAAGGCUCCUGUGUGUAGUAUGUGUGCGGUCAGUGGACACGUGCAGCGCUUCUGUCCGGACCGAUACUGUACAAACUGUAACAUGCCUGGACAUUGCUACAACAAGUGCAUUGAGAGGGCCUAUUGGCACAAACAGUGUCACCGCUGCAGGAUGACUGGCCACUAUGCAGAUGCUUGCCCAGAGAUCUGGAGGCAGUAUCACCUAACAACCCGAUCAGGACCUCUCAUCAUGCCAGAUGCCAAGAAUGAGAAGAAAACCCCAGUUUACUGCCACAACUGCUCUCGAAAAGGACAUCACGGAUAUGAGUGCUCCCAGAGGCGGAUGUUUAAUGAGACUUUUCCAACUGUCCCAUAUAUAUGCUACUACGAUAAAGAAAAGGACAUCAGAAGACGAAAUCUCAGAAUGCAACGAAAAGUAGAAGAGCUGAACGAGUCUGGCCUUUUAGAUCACAUUAACUUGACCAACCAUGUGAGAAUAGAGACACAACUGCCAAAGAAGAAAAGAAAAAUUAAUGAAAAAAGAAAGGAGAAGCUAGGGGGGUCUAGACCUCAGAAAGAAAAGAAGAAUCUGCCCAUAAUGAACACCUGGCCUGAGAAGCGCAAAGAACGGAGACUGAAGAACAAAAAGAAGAAGAGCGUCCAGGUGAUAGAGGACUUCCUGACACACCCUAAAAUGCCCUCUCCAAGGCCACACAGCCACUCAAAGAAAAAGAUUGAAAGAGCAGUCUUGUUCAGCCACAUGAAGAACUGUGGCGAUGAGUUUAAUGAAAAACUCAAGAAGCCCAAAAUAAAAGGAAAGAAGAAGAAGAAAGGGAACAGCUCCCGGGACAAUAGCUUUGCUGUAGACGACAGCCUGUUCCUGAUAAAACAGAGAAACAAGAAACAGAAAAGAUAAACUGAAAGACCGUCCUGCGACUGUAAUCCACCGAGGGCACAAAAGGAAUAGAAUCUUCAACACACUGUUAGAGAUUAUUAAAGGAUAGCAAAAUGAAAAUGGCAAUUUGAUCACAUUCAGUCUUGUUUUUUAAGCAUGUUGUAUUUUUGUGCACACAUUCUGAAAAAAAAAACAAACCUCCCAUUUAAAAAUCAAUUUUUUUUGGUAGUAGGAAACAAAAAAAAAUUGAGAUACAGGAAGUGCAAUCUUCUUAACCUUUGAUUUUUGCUGUUACAUUUACAUUUUCAUCUUAGACUUGUUUGAAUCAUUCUUACUGCAUUUUAAAGCCAUAAUAAAUGUGUACUUUUAUCUUUUGA